ACAAAAUGGGUGCAUCGUUGGACACUCCGACGAAGUGUCCUCUGUGCAACGAGCUGACAGGGGACCCCGUCACCCUGAAGUGCAACCACCGCUUCUGCCAACGAUGCAUUGGAGACUUAUGGAGCGUUACCCCGAACGGGCCGUACCAUUGCCCGGAGUGGAGGUGUAAAAUGGUGUACCAGACUCUGCCGUUUGAUAAAAGUUUAAUACGGACGCCCACCUACAACCGAGGUGCUCAGCCUGGCAGCGCGGCAGGCACAUCCAGUAAUGAGGAAAAGAAGACAUUUGAGUCAAUUUUGAGGAGACCAUCACUGACUAGCCGACUUCUCGGGAAGAGAAAGGCCAGCACACCUGUGGCAGAGCAACCUGACGCAAAGAGAUCAACUGUGAAAGCUUCCUGUGAGCAGUCCAAUGACACAGAGACUCCCACCACUUCCUUCUCAGAUGAACCUGGGCAGUCGUCUAGGGUGGAGAGAUCCAAGAAAGCUGUGCGCCCAGAAUCCACACAGUCCAAGAAUAGGGAUGGCACGUCAUCCAGUGACAACUCUGACAGCAAGACAGUACCUGCAAGUGAGGUGCCACCUGACAUCUCAAUCCAGCAGAACCAGCGUGAAUUAGAAGUCAUCCCAUUAGACGACUCUGACAGCUCCAAUGAAGUAGAUAUAUGUGACGCACCUCCACUCACAUCCCCCAAGAAAGACGCACAAGUGACAGGAAUUCAUGAACCACCAAAGAAAGCUGCCUCAGCUGCCAACUCUGAUUCCUUUUCUGCGGUCUCAACUCCAGGUAAAGAUAAGUUUUCUGUAGAGCAUGUCAACAAGACUCCACUGAUACCCACAAAACAACCAGCCGCUGCUUCAGGAUCCCCAAGCCGCGUUGGCAUCUUCCCCAGGUCGGAGAGCAAAAAUGCCAGCCCUGUUCCCUGCCAUUAUUGCCCUAAAGCUGGGUGUCAGGCCGCUGUGAAGACCUGUCUGGUGUGUGGAGCUUCCAUGUGUAAAGAGCACCUGCGUCCCCACCUGGACUCCCCUGUCUUUCAGAAUCACACCCUGGUUCCUCCCAUGGAGGACAUUUCUACCUGGAGGUGCCAGGAGCACCAGGAGAUAAACCGUAUCUACUGUCGGCAGUGUGGAGUGUGCGUGUGCACGGUGUGCACUGUCAUAGGCUCGCACCGCGACCACGUCUGCAUCAGCAUCAGGGAGGCAGAGAGAGAGCUCAGGGGGAACCUAAAAGAAGAGAUCAAGCAGCUACAGGAGUCCGAAGAAUGUGUGAAGAACAGAGUGACUGAACUCACACAGAAGAAAAAUACCUUCAGCGUGGUUUUAAGUGAGGCGAGAGCCGGGGUGCAGCAGCAGUAUGGAGCCAUCAGAGAGGCCCUGGAGCAGGAGGAGCAAUCAGCUCUUCGGUGUGUGACGAAGGAGGAGAGCAGGGUUCUGGGGGGGCUAGAGGAGAAACUCGGCCACCUCAGGAGCUUCCUGCAAUCCAUCCAGCGAGGACUACACACCCUGGAGGGGCUGGUUGAUGCCAAGGGAGACAAACGCAUUCAGGACCAGGCCUUCAUUAUGGAAUACAGCAAGAUAGCCCAUCUGGCUAGUAACAUGGGGAACUGUGUGGGCCAGUUCGAGGCUGCAGAGGAAGUGGAUCGUGCCCGGCUGAAAUGUCUAGAGAGGUGGACAGAGAAACGGUUGGACACAGUCGUCAUCACUGUGCCCGGCAAAGACAGAGACCUCUACAGACUGCUCUAUGGUAGCAUCCCCCUCUUGGAUGCAGAUACAGCCCAUCCCAAGCUGCAGCUGUCUGAUAACAACAGGAGGGUGACUUACAGCGAAGCCCAACAGGCCUACACCGAACACGAGGCUCGCUUCAGCUCCUUCCCACAAGUCCUGGCCUCUCGUGCCCUGGAGGGGGGUCGCUGGUACUGGGAGGUGAACGUGUCUGUGGAUGAGGGCCGCUGGAAGGUGGGGCUGUGUGAGGGUCAGAUGGAGAGGAAAGGUCAAAAGGACAACUCUCGUCUGGGCUUCAACUCGUACUCCUGGUGCCUGGCCUGUGACAGAAGGAAGGUGGAAGCUCUGCAUAACAAGGUGGCGGUUUCUGUGGAUGCAGACGAUCUGCAGAGGGUAGGAGUGUUCCUCGACUUUGAAGAGAGCAUCUUAUCAUUCUUCAAUGUGACACCAGGGGGCAGUCUAACUUUGAUGCAUUCAUAUGAGCACAGGUUUACCGAGCCUCUUUACCCGGCCUUGUCUGUGUCUAAAACACACCUGGCCAUCUGUGACCUGUUCCAGUCGUAAACCAUGCAAUACCAGCAUGACAGUUCUGCUGAAAAUGAAUACACGAGUGCUGUGCCUUUUUUUUUUUUUUUUUAUGUUAAAACCACUCGAUCACCAUCAUAAAAAUUCUCGGGGAUGACGGUUCUGUCAUGCACUGUAUAUACUGCUAUCCUUAAAUGUGAUUUUAUAUACCAUUACAUCAUAUAUAUGAUAGAACUGGAAUUUUACCAUGUUGGGAAUGCUGUUUCUUAAACACUCUACAUUCCACACAGUAGUAGCACAUUUUUGGUAUUUGGAUUUUAACUUUUGUAUGUUACAGAUUUUAGAUUGUCAUUGAGCAAAUGAUCAAGGUUUUAUAUAGGAGGCAAGUUAUCAGUUCAGGUCAAUAAACAGUUGUUUUGGGUCAUGUUUAAACUUUGAAUGUAUGUUACAAUGUUCUUUAUAUCUCAUAUUUACCAGCUCUUCUAUCCUCUGGUGACCCAUUGUCUUAUUACAUAAUAAAAUGUCAAAGUUUCAAAA